GUUGUUUUAAGUACAAAAGAACGUUAUGGGCCCACUCCCAGACUCAUUCAAACCCCCCCAAGCGUGCGCGUUCUUAGACAUCCAUCUGCAAAAGCCCUUUCGGCGUCAAAAAUUAAUGCUAUUUCUCCAUCUUCGACCAAGCGCAGGUCUCAUUCCCUCCAUCUGUCGACAAUUGAAAGGACGCCUUCGCCUUUGGCGGCUACUGGCCUAAUAAAAACGUCUACACUCUCCUCUAAGCGUGUUCCUGAUCGUGUAGAAGAACUGGCUUCCGCCAAAAGAGCAAAAGGAGUCUCAUUUGGACCCAGUCUUAGUCCUGAGCGCUUUGACGAGUCCUUGCCACCCUCUACUCCUGUGAAGCGAGGAGCCCUUCCAUUGCAUUCACUUGCUAAACCUAAAGAAUUGCUUUCUUCUCUCAGGGGCCUCCAUUCUCCUAAUACGCCGGUUCAGGGUCGCCCAUCAACUGUCGUUUCUCAGCCUCCCACGCCCGAUGAAAAUCUACUUGAUUCUAGAACACGCCAUGAUGAAACUCCCAAUUCGUAUAUGAGUGAGUAUAAUAGUCUCACCCAUUCCUCUACUUAUACAAGGAGUGGCGUGUUGAUUCCGUCUCCUAUUCGUAAAGAUUCCUUAGCGGAUAGUCAUUCGGUAUCUAGAGACUCUUUUUCGGAUGCCAGUUCUCGAGUUCCGGUAGUAGGGAAAAGACGAGCCAAUUCUCUCGUCAUGCCGCCCGCGCGUCAAGCUAAACGCAGAUAUCAUUCCGUAAGAUCCUUUGCAUCGUCAAGCCGCUCUCAUCGAGAAACUGACGCUCCUCCUUCAACUCCUGUGGCCUCCCACCUCAACAACUCCGGAAUUUUUGGUUAUUUUGAUGAUGAAUUGAGCUUUUCUCCAGUCUGCAGUGAUAAUGGUAGAUACCGGCGUUCUCAUUCUCAACCCUCUGUUCACCAUACCACUGGGGACGUUCAUGUUCUCAUCCCAUCAACUGACAAACCGGCUGUUCGUAGUCGGGGCUCCCAUAAUCCUAUUUUGGAAAAUGAAGCCCUCAUUGGUUCAACGCGAUUAUCUCAAAGGCUAAUUCAAUCAUCUGGCCUCGGGACGAGCCAACUUUUUAAGACCCCUUUGAGUUCACCAAAGCCCAAUUCACCAUUUACUUCGCCAUUGCCUAAUUCAUCAGUUGUCAACAACCGGCAUUCCCUUGAAGUUCCUCCCCUAAAAUCAACACCUGUCUCGAAAAGGAGCCAAAAAUUGUCUAAGUCUCUACAUGAAGUUGAGAGUCCGAGUUCCGGCCUAUUGACGAGAAGUCGUCUGUCAUCUAUUGAUUCGACCCCUUCUUCUGUUAUUGACGAUUCCAUUAAUUUGACAAGCAACAAGACUGAGGUCUUGCAAAAUGUUGAUCAGUUUGGUUCUUCGACUGGAGGUGUUUUGAAAGCUACAGUUCCGCCUUCACUACCUAUCACUGACCAUCUUGUAUCU